AUGGAUUUAUACACGGAUUUAUGAUGAAUACAUCGCGCUGCUGCGAUGUUUGAAGUUGUGCGCCUGCGUCUUGUAGCCGGGAGUCAGAUACCAUCAUCCGGUGUACGCCAGCCAGGACAGGAGAGACAGCAGCAGUAAACACAGCCAGAGUGACAGUAUCUGUCGACGUCCCUCGUGGAGCCGUCAACGUCACUCACUGUCUUUAGAGUGACGUUCAAGAGUAACUUUACACUCUAGACAAGUGCACGUCCUUUCCCGAGUGCCUUCACCCGCUACUAAGGACCUUGUUCAACUCUCGCGGUGAAGCCUAAUGGGUAGUGAACUGAUCACUUGAUUGGACGUCCAGUGGAGAGAUAAACUUCACAGAUCUAAGAUGAAACCAUCAGAACUGAACAGAACUUGAUAUAAGAAAUAAACUGGAUAACUUGAACUGAGGACUACAUACCAGUAGAAACCUGUAAGUGAAAAUUUUCAAAUGCAGCUGACAUGAUAAAAUAGUGAGAGAUCAGAGAGCAGACUCAUGUACAGAAAACAAUAUACUGUAUCAAAUACUGUACUGCAUGAAAUAAACUGGAUAAUACUUGAACUGAGGACUGCACACUAGUAGAAACCUCUUAAGUGAAAAUUUUCAAAUGCAGCCGACAUGAGAAAAUAGUGAGAGAGAUCAGAAAACAGGCUCAUGUGCAGAAAACAAUAUACUGUAUCAAAUAUUGUAUGAAAUAAAUUGGAUAAUAUUUGAACUGAGGACUACACACUAGUAGAAACCUGUAAGUGAAAAUUUUCAAAUGCAGCUGACAUGAGAAAAUAGUGAGAGAUCAGAGAACAGGCUCAUGUGCAGAAAAUAUAUCAAUACUGCACUGUAGAAGAUCAAAGUAAAACUGACCAGUUGAGCCACAUUUUGAUUGUUGGCACCAGCGGCAGGUAGUAUACUGCGAGUAUACUGUGCACCCCAAUAGUGAUAUAACCGAGGAGCGAGAGUUGUGGCAAUGCCAGCCGACCUCCUCCUCGGGUGGAUUAGCAAGUGUGAGCACAAGAAAUACAGAUUUGCAAUGAGGUGCUCUUACCCCUGUGAGGACGCGAGAGCUCUUACCACCACCACCACCAUGAAGAGACUAGUUUACUAUACUGUUAUGGGCCCUUGCAAAUGGGUGCAACUCUCCCUGCAUUUGAUACGUGGCAGAUCCUACAAUCUGUAUGAGAAUGAAGAUGGGAGCGACAUCAUCCUGAUGGUGGGAGACGAAAUUUAUAGGGAGAGAAUCCCAGCCCACUCUUGGGUCCUGGCAGCGGGCAAUCAGGUCUUCAAAGCCAUGUUCCAGGGACCGCUGGCUGACAGCCACAAGAAGAUUUACAACAUCCCAAAUGACCCAAAAGGCUUCCAAAACCUACUGAGAUGGCUAUAUCGUCACGAGUGCGGAAUCCAGAGCAUAGACAGUGCCCUCAUAACCCUCCAGGUGGCCAUCCAAUACCUCUGUCCAGAACUGGCAGAAAUGUGCGUAGAAUACAUUGUCCAUCACCUGAGUGUGAACAAUGUCCUUAAAGUGCUGCAAGAGAUCUACAGAUAUUGCCCAUCUCAACAAGCUUCCAUCAGCAAUCAGUCAGAUGACACUAUUUCAACAGCACCUUCAGCACCUAGCUUGGAAGAUCUUGAGGACCUUACUCAGACCUAUCCAAACCACUGCAAUAUGGCAGACUCAAAAUCAGAUCAGUUAGAAAGGUCUCGGCAUACUAUCCAUAAUAUGACCCAGCUACAAGACCUGUGUGAUGAGGCAGACCUUCGAGAUCCCACUGCAUGUUGUACGGAUCUUUUUAACGCAUGUCUUGAAGUCGUUGAUCGGAAUACACAAGUAGUCCUGAAUUCUGAACUUUUGGAAGAGUUGGAUCAUAGUACACUAGAACUUAUUCUGAGACGUACUACACUCAAUGUUGAAAAUGAGCUGCCAUUGUUUGAAGCGUUGCAGCGCUGGUCUACAGCACAAUGUAAACGUCACAAGCUUCCCCUCACCCAAGAAAACAGGAGGCAUGUGCUAGGAAACCUACUCUUCCAUAUAAAUUUCCUGCAGCUAAAUAAUGAACAGCUUCAACAGACUAGCAGCCUCCUUACUGCUGAUGAGUUCAACUAUCUAAGUGGACGAAUCCAAGGCCAUAGUAUGAAUAUAGUGCCACCUACUUUGGAACCACAUUUGUCCAAGAUGGCCAGGCCCCGCCGCCACAGUCCAGCAAGAUCCAUGCAGCAAGUUACAAAUGACAAAAGUAAAAAGAAGUGCAACAAGAAAAAGUAUACAAGAAAGGAACUCAUGCUAGACAUUGUUUCUUGCCUGGCAGUAAUUUUUGAUUAGGCAGAAGUGUAGCUUGCAUUCUAAUGCAUACAGCCAUUGUGUCAUAAAACAUUUAGCCCAGGCAAAACCCUCAGCCUUUGUAACAUUUGAUUUAUAUCUGCUUUCAUUGAUUGUUCUCAUAUGUUAUAACUGUGUUGACAUUUAGAGAAAACUAAACGACGUGCAAUAUGCAGUCAAUAAAUUGUUAAUGGCUAAGUAAUGCCAAUUUAUUUCAACAUUUGGUACGUUUCUGUUCCCAGUAAAUAACAUAAAUUGUUGCCGUUAUUGUAGUCACUGAAUUCUAUUUGAUUUGGCCAUAGCUGUUUUUAUUGUAUAGAUGUUAAAUAGUUAAAUUUUUUUAAAUAUACAGUACAGAUAUGUAUUGGAUAAGACCCAUUCAGCAAAUGGAGUUUGUGGACUGCAACAGAUCAGAACUAAAAAGCACCUUCAGGGAACGUGCAUUCAGUGUGUAAAAUAUGUAUAAGUGUAUGUAUGUAUGUAUGUGAAGGAUGCUAAAACUUGCACAUACUUAAUUUGUUAAAUAAUGUCUGUAGAAAGAUGUUUGUAAAAACAGUCCCUCUAUGUAUACACUAAGUUUAAUUAUACUGUACAUUGUACUAUGUACAGUGAAUAGUCUAGUCAAUUUUCUCUCAGCAUGACAUGGUAAAGAAUACAUGGGGAAUGUAUUGUUAAAUACGAGUGCAAUAACACUCAUUUUUCCAUACGAUACUGAAAACUAGGAGUGCCAUAUUUUAAAUGCAGAAUAUGUAGCUUGUAGUACUGUGGAAUGAAAAGUAAUCUGCCAAAUCAAAUUUCUUCAACAUUCCAAAACAACGCAGUAUUACUUUAUUGUGUCAUGACUAUACGUGGAUGAUGCCGGGUUCGUGCUAGAUGCGAGGAGCAUCCAAAGUCUAGCUCAAAACAAAAUCAAGUCUUAUGCAGUGUUAGGUUUGAUUGGUAACAUGAUACGCUGUAUCCGCAAACUUCUGUGAAGAAUGCCACAAGUUAACACCAAGACUAUGAUGAGUUAACAUGAAUACAAGGAGUAACUACGGUAAACACAACCUCCUGACAUACAAUACAAACGCUUUAUGAUCACAUAAUAAUAAUAAUAAUACUUGAUAAGUACAUCUUUUGAAGAUAUUUGAUUAAAAAUGCAUUCUGAAAAAAAUACAUUGCAUUUUAUGAAAAACUGUAUUAUAUUGAAAUUUAUUUCAUAAUACAGUACAUGUAUUGUAAAACAACAACAAUUCUAUACUAUGGAAAUCUUGAAGCUUUAUGUGUUGCCAAUAUUCUUAUUUUUGUUAAAUUUUGACUAAAUAUAUAUUAACUGAAAUUUAAUGGAUAAGUGUAGUACAUUUUAAAUUUUAUGUGAUACAUUUUUCAAGUUUUGUAAAUAGCGAGUUUUUCUAUUUUAUUUCCAAUAUCAAUGCAUGUUACUAUGUUUGCUAAGCUUUAUAUCAUUAUUUAGAUAAUAACAGUCAACAAAUUACUUACGCUGACAUGACAAUCACUCAACCCACACAUCUGGAAAGAAAGGAAGCGAUGACCUUUCAGUUUGUCCUGCACCAGUAGAUAAGGGAUGCAGAUGGACCAAAAAAAUUGCCUCACUCUUUCUUUCUUUUUAGAUGCAAGGUUGAAUGUCUAAAUUUCAGCCACAUUAUUGUAAAUUUCUGCCUGUAUACUGAUAUCUUAUUUGCAAGCGAUCUUCCAUUUAAUGGUUAGUAUAAUUGCUUUAUUAAAAUAAAUUGCGGAAGCUCUUUGAGGUAUCGUAUCUUCAGCUAAUGAGAAAGCAAAUGUUUAAAAUAUUUAUUCCAGCCCUUGAUGGAUAUACUGACCACUGCUUCCAUUCCCCUUAUUUACUUAAUGAGUGCAAUAUGCUUCACGUGACAUACGGAAUGUCUCAUCCAGAGACAUUGCUAUUGCAAUAGACAUUACCUUGCUAUUGUGUAAUUACUUGUGUUAACCUUUUACUAUCAAUGACCUCCACAACAUUGCAUUCAAUCAUCCAUAACAGACGAGUUAAAAAUAUUAUUUUUGUGGGGAUGAGAGAGAUUUGGAGGCAGUGAGAAACUUAACAAAUAAGUCUGUAUUAUAUCGGGGAAAAAAGUUAAAGAAAUAUUGUUAUUGUGUUUUCCAGCAUAUAAGAUGCAGCCUCCCCUUUAAGCUGUAUGCUAUUUAAUGAGGAUAUGUUCUUGUUAAAAACUAUUUUAGUACAUUUUCUUUUAACUUUUCUAGGGGCAUUUUAUAUAUACAGUAUAUAAAAAAAAUUAUGAUUCUGUACUUAGAGGCAGCACAGUUACAAAAUAGCAUAAAUCAUUGUGUCCCAUCUACCAGAGAAAAUGGUACACAUAUAUACAAGUACAGUUGAAGACUAAACCACACACCAAAAAAUGAGGAGACAACGAUGUUUUGGUCCAUCCCGGACCAUUAUCACAAUUGACUUGAUAAUGGUCCAGGACGGACUGAAACGUUGUCGUCUCCUUAUCUUCUGGUGUAUGGUGCAGUCAUCAUAUCUUCAGCCAAGUUACUGUGACUCAUCUUCUGCAAGUAGUUGGAUGUCCUCAUGAUUAUAAGAGCAUAUAGGAAGUUUCUAACUAUGUUCUAGGACCUCCAGUAUUCAUAAAGAACACUUCUUUUGCUCUAAAAGCAUGAACAGACAUAUCCUAUAAAACAUGAACAGAAAUGCUAUACAGUAUAUACUUUUACAUGAUAAAAGAUAUAAUAUUGGAAUCUUGUAGUUUCAAGACAGUCAAGGUAAUGGCCUGAAGUGUAAUGCAUUUGGUGUUCUAAUAACGUAAUAACAUUACAAAAAUGUUAUGGUUACUUUGUGUGUUUGUGGAGCUACGAUACUUUGACUAGACUCGGUACUAAACAGUGUAUCUUUUAAAUGCUUUAAUUCAAAUGAAUGGAAAAAAAAGAAUAUUUUGUAAUUUAUAAUUAAUGUUACAGUACAUUCAAUUUCAGAAAAUCUUUUUUAUUAUUAUUAUUAUUAUGUAUUACAGUUGAACUGUCAACAUUCACAUUUUACAGAUUAGAAAAAUUAAGAUAUUUUGGUUUUUCUGUGGGCCAGAAUUGAUCGGGCAUUUAUGCACCCACUAUGAAACCUAUACUUCUUUCCUCAAUCAUGGCAGCUUAGUCUGUAUAUAUUAAGAACCUUAAAGGUUCGAAACUCCACAGCCCAAGGUUAUUAUUGUUAUUGACAACUUUGUAGCACUUCGGAGUUCAUAAACUGUUGAAUUAAUACAAAGAAAGUCGCCAUGUUCGAGGAAAGAUGUGCAGGUUUUGCAUGUGGAGACGUAAAUCCUUGGCAAGUCUUGACCCCUGGAUCAGAUAGUCGGUGACAGAUCAGACUGUCAUCAUCUUGUCGUCAAUAAUGUGCCAGUUUAGUACACAGUUGUUUCAAAUUUUAUCCCUCAUAAAAUAAUGGCAAAACUCUCAUGUUGAACAAUUUACAUACAUGUGACUUUUCCUGUGAUAGCCUAUUUUAUCUUUACAGUAGUUUCAUUACAAUUGUAAAUUUCUAGAUACUCUUAAACCUAGUUUUACAAGGAACUGUACUUAAUUUGAGUGUUUAGAAGUGCAAGAAGGUUCAUAAAAACUGAACCUUCAAGACGUGUCAUAACUGACCCACUUAUAAGAUGCUCUAAGGCUUCACUAACAUGAUUUGUUAUUGAUAGGAACUAAAACAUAGUUACUGCCAUUGCUUUAAUAUGGGUAAUUACGUUAUGCCUGAAGUUCUUCUAAUUAGCUACUCUAGCUGCAGAACAUAUUACUUUAUGUAAAGUAAUUAACAAAAGAAAAUACUAUAGGCCAGGAUGUCUUGUGCAGAACUGUAUUCAUUUGGCCCUUGAUAAGGUCCUUGGUGACCUUAUCAAGGGCCAAACUUGAUAAGGUCACCCUUAUAUAUAACACCUUAUAUAUUGGCAUCCUGCUUGAUCUUCAGCAACUUUUAGCUACUGUAUCGUGAAACACAGGCAGUGCUACAUAAGUCUUCCCGGCUUAGUGCCUUCUUGAUAAUUAAUUAUAUAGAACUGUCUGUGUUAUAGAACAUUCAAGUAACCUAUGUUAAACAUAAUAUCAGUGCUGAAGAUAUUGUACUGAAAUUGUUUUUAUUAAAUUCUGCAAUUCAAAACAUUUGACAGAAUAUUGUGGUAAUUUUUUAACAUUUGUAUUAUAUUUCUAGGCAUUUUUGUGAAACUUAGUGAAUAGGUAUACAGUAUAUAAAUAAAGAUCUUUCAAUUGUUAAUGAAGACUUUAUCAGGUAAACUACAUGUGUAUGUGUGAGGAUAAAGCCUCGUGUUGAAGAAAACAUAACACUGUUGAACAACUUGAGCAACAUGUAAUAAUAAAUGAAUACUGUAGACCCUUUCUUAUAUAUAUCUAAAAUGGCAGCUUAAUCAUCCAAUUUGUCUUACCUUAACAAAGCUGGCAAUCAAAUGGGCAAAGCAAUUAAACCAAAUACUCUCAAC